AUGGAUGAAAGUUGCCCAGGUUGCAUUCUCAACAAUCUCAAACAAUCCAAUUCUGGCAUUCCUUUUAAGCAUUUCUUCUAUGUCUUUGUUCUUCCCCUAACUGCAGCUUUGCCAAUAUCAUCUCUGUUCCCUUUCCUGUAUUUCAUGAUUGAGUUUAUCAUUUUUAUCAAGUUUCCUUCUCUUUAUGUUGGUCACUAUAAUGGUGUUGUUAACAAAUAUUUUGUCAGGGCAUAUGUUUCAGAAAUUUGCCAUACAAAAUAUCAAGCUUUGGGAAUGUCAAUAAUUAGCACAGCAUGGGGGAUUGGAUUAGUCAUUGGUCCUGCUCUUGGAGGUUUUCUUUCACAGCCUGCAGAGAAGUUCCCAAAUAUAUUUUCCAAAGAUUCUCUAUUUGGGAGGUUCUCAUACUUGUUACCUUGCUUCACCAUAUCAAUAUUUGCUUUGGGUGUAACUAUUCUGUGCUGUUGGAUGCCGGAAACACUUCACUUUCAUACUAAAAAUGAUGAAGAGAAUGAGAGAUUUAUUAGUCCACAAGACGAAAGCACAAAUGGAUAUGAUCUGAAAGAACAUUUGGAAGAAUUUGAGGAAAAAUGCCCUUCUCUUUCAAAGAACUGGUCCUUAAUAUCAUCUAUUGUAGUAUAUUGUGUUUUCCAACUUCAUGACAUGGCUUACACGGAGAUUUUUCCAUUAUGGGCUGUGAGUCCUAAGAAGUAUGGGGGACUAAGCUAUUCAAGUGAAGAAGUUGGUGAAGUUCUUGCCAUUUCAGGAUUUGUCAUGCUUCUCUUUCAGUUAUUUUUGUACCCACCCAUUGAGAGGAAUUUUGGACCUGUACUGUUGUCUAGAGUUGGAGCAGUCAUCACAAUAGUUGUGCUAUCAAGUUACCCUUUUAUAGCAAAGCUAUCUGGACUCACACUCACAAUAUUAAUUGAUCUUGCAUCUGUGCUAAAGAUUGUAAUAUCUAAUCAAAGCCAAAGAGGAACUGCAAAUGGCAUAUCCAUGGCUGCUACGUCUCUAUUUAAAGCAGCCGGUCCAGCCGGUGGAGGUGCCCUAUUUUCUUGGGCACAAAAUCAUCAAAAUGGAUCAUUUCUCCCUGGUACAGGAUCUAAAUCUCGUUGA